AUGGUUCCAACAGCCAGGGAGGGUAGUGCUGGUGAGGCAAAGAACUAUGCAUCACAAAAAGGUGGAUGGGAUUGGUGGAAGAUUGAACCCAAACACUCCACUACAGUUCUCAUUGGAAACUGGCUGGAGAAGAGGACGAGAGGAAGACACUGUGAAACUCAGCAGCAGCUUCUACAGGAAGGUCUUUAUCUACUCACAGACCAAACACUGAGGAGAGCCACGAUGGAGAAAUUUGAGAGCCUGUCACUGCAGCAUUUCUUCACCCAUCACAAGGAACAAAGAAGCCAAAAUUUAGUAUUGGAGUGUGACAAUAACUGCAGUAAACAUGGUUAGCCUGUGCUGUCUCCCCUCCAGAGCUGGAGUGGAUGCAGGUUGGCCUGGAUACCUCAGAAGUCAGAUUUCCCCAUUCUCAAACCACCCACCAACUCUGGGCUUCUCGAGCACCUGAUGAGAAACUGCACAAGAAAGAAGCUAGUCCAGACCGGUGUCUGAACCAAUUCCUGUGAAAGCCCAACAAUUUCUGCUUUUGCUCCAUGUCAGCUGAGACAACCAGCUAAAAACUCAUGCUCUCCCUUCCAGCCAGGGACAUCUUCCCCAAAAUGCUGUAGAAUCCUGGACUGUAAAGGAGGUCAAUAUCUGUAAGGCUUUGGCCAACUGCUGAGAGACAGAACAGCCAGGGACAACGCUGUGUAA